AUGUCUGCACACAGCUCGACCCCAUCUCAGCCUGCAAUGUACGGCGGCGGCGACGCGAGCAAACGUUCCGUCGACGAUGCCGCACUUGACCCUGCCUCACAGCAAACCGCCAAGCGCAAGCGUCCUCAGUCUUGCGAUACUUGCCGCUCGCGCAAGAUCAAGUGUGUCCGCCUCCAAGUCGACGGCCUCGACGCUUCCGCAGACAACCGAUGUGUUCAGUGCCGCGCCAUCGACGCCAAGUGCACCUUUGACUACAUCCCCAAACGACCCGGCCCCCAGAGCUCGUUUGCAAAGACGGCGAGAAGGGAAGCGGAGGCGCAGGCCAAAGCAGCUGCCCAAUCGCACUUACAUCAACAAGCCGCUGGACCAUCGCCGCACUCUCGAACCCCCGCGUCUGCCUUUGUCGAUACACCUUCCACUCAUAUUGGCGGCCCAUCUCCUCAUCCCCAGCAGAGCGCAUCCACACACUCGCCAGCAGACGACAGCUGGUAUCGCGCUCUGGCAGCUCAGAACUUUGCUUCGGGAAGCGGUGCUCACGGUACGCAGACGCGCUCGUCGUCCUGGAGCGGCGGCGCCAACUUUGAUGCCUAUCUCAACCACUCGAUGCUCGCCAUGACGCCCAGUCAUUUCGCUGGGAUGUCGGCUGCUUCGCCUUUUGACUUUUCUCCCCACAACAUGGCCAACUUGUCUGGCCCUUCUCCAUCCAUGAGCAUCUCGAACGCUUCAUCGGCGACUUCGGGUAGCUAUGCAGGCUCGUCGUCGUGGCACGCUUCCGCGCGGUCGGAGGCAGGAAGCGCAGCUCCACUCGCCUCGCUUGCUCAGACGCAGCCACCAGCGCAUCAGCGACAUCAGCCGUCGACGCACGCUGCACCAUCGAUUGUGGAUCACAUGCACUCCUUCGAGGUGGCAGCUGGUCCCUUGCCGAUUCCGUUCUUCUCUCGUGUGCAGUCGCCGGUAUCAUCAUCAGCGCGUCUGCCACAAGUCAACGAACAUAGCGCACCUCCAACACGGCAGCAGCACGGAAUACCAUUCAGCUCUUCCUCUGACAUCGACACUCCGGCGUGCAUUAUAACUCCUUCGACCAGCUUCAACACAAAGGCGAAAAGCGGUCCCAGCCUCUCCAACAUGGAAUGCGGACCCGUAUUGCGACCACGAUCGCUGGACGACAUCGCGCCACGUCAAACGUUCCUGGCCAUCGUUUCGCUCUACUUUCACUACCUGUGGCCGCUGCUGCCUAUCGUAGACCGUCCUACGUUUAGCCACGAUUUACUGAAUCGUAGAGACGAGCGCGACCAAGCAUUCUUCGCUUUCGUGCUCAGCCUCACUUCUUACACACUCAUCCAGUGUCCGCGCACCGUCAUCCCCGCACCCUGGACCGUGUAUCGGAGGCUGCAUCGCAUCUGCCACCUCACGUCGCGACGGAUGCAGCCACGCGUAUACGACCCGCCCCAGCUGCUUCACGUAAACACUCUGUACUGCGAUCACAUCUACCUCGGCACGGUGGGCAAGACCAAUGCGUCGAAUGCGGUGCUAGCUGAGGCGGUGCGUGUGGCGUAUACGCUCGGGUUACACGACGAGCGCAAGAACGACGCACGUCGCGGGGUGGCCCCGUACAGUCUGGAUGCUGCAAGCUUUGCGAACUACAGGGCGCCGACGGCGAAUGCAGUGGAGAACGAGCUGCGCAGACGCAUGUUUUGGGUGCUGCACGGCAGCUCGACGACGAUCGCCAUGUUGAAGGACGAGCCGGCGCUGAUCCACGCCAUUGAUGCGUGUGUGGACUUGCCGAUGGCGGUGGACGAGGAGGCGCUGACGAAUCCGGGACAUGUGCAGAGGUCGCCGAGUGUGCUGUGUGGGUUUUUGACGGUGACGAGAUUGCACCAGGCCAUGUUGGAGCUGCUAGAAUCGUAUCGUCGCGAUCGAAGGUUUCCAAUUGACGAUCUGGAGGUGGCGAGAUCACGCAUCAGGUACUUGGCUGACGUACUGAGGAGGCUUCAGCAGGCGCUGGAUGAUAUGCCCGAGGAACUGCGUAACCCUACGUACACGCAUUCGCCGCCCGAACGGAUACGUCGGCCUGGAAGUGCUCUUCCUGCGCUCGAGACGGUUGCAUCGCGUGGUGUUCAACAACAGCAACACGCGCCACUUUUGCAAGCGAUCGGCUUUGAUGCAGCUACGCAAACGGCACUGGGCAACCAUCUUAGUGGCACGUCGCCAUGGCCUUGGCCGGCGGAAACCUUUAGCCGGGAGGGACUGCCUAACGCGGAAGCGCGUAGCUCAAACGAGGCGUCUGCAACGCGCUCUCCUCGUGCUGACGGUGCAGAUGGCGGCUCGGACGCGCCCAGAGGAAGGGGAGAUGUAGAAGGAGGGCAGCCUCCGCACCAGGUGCUCACACCGCCGCCGGCUGUUGCUACGCUCACACCGCGCCACAGCAGCGAUCCCUCGGCCAGCGGGGCCGUGAACAUGGUGGACUUCAUCAAUGUGUUCCGACCGUCGCCGCCGCCUCCGUCGUCGACGACGCCUGUUCUCUCCCCCAUGUGCACGAUGCACGCCAACAUUGUGACGACGGAAUCGCUGGUUCGGUUCAUGGUGACCGAGUACCGCGAGAUGGUCGGGGUGCGCAUCCACGAUCUCAAGCUGCGCCAGCCUUCGGCGCACACCUCCGGUACGUCGGCGGAGGAUGUGCCGGGCGAGUCGUGGCAGGAAGCUGCGGCGAACCUACUGCGCGUGUUCAACAGCUUGCCGCUUGACGCGCUUGCCAGCAACGGGCAGAGUUUGAUCGACAAGAUCAUGUAUGUUGUGUCGGCGCUGCUGAACCGCACGGGCAAACAGCGCGGCUUGACGGGCACCGGUGGAUUCGGGUACAUGUCCAGUCUGCUGGCGAUGCUGACGCGGUUAAGCCAGACCAGGAGGGACGACAGUGCGAGCGAGUGGGAGGAGGACGAGCUUCUGGCUGCGAAUGCGAGCGGGGAGGCGCAGGGUGGCGGGGGCGAGCCGGACUCGCGCGAUCGAGGUGGCAGCGCCGGAAAUGCGGGUGGCGGUAGGGGUGACGGUCGGACGCACGGUCAUCACGGCGAAGGCAACAGCCACAACGGCGACGAUCGGAGCGGGUCCGACCGACGCGAUCUGGGCCGUAGAAACCCGGACAGUCACUCCGACGGACUCGCCAAACAACACCACAACCACCACCUGCAGCCAGCUUCGGAUCCUCUUACCUCGUUCCCCUUCAACACCUCGGCACCCUCUUCCUCCGCCGCAUCCACCGCCACGGGCGCGGCCACGGACAGCAACACCUCGUCCACCGUCAACACGGCCUCCACCACCCCCACGAGCGAACAUCCCAGCUCGGCGUUCUACGACAAGAUCCUCAUUCGCUCCACUGCUGCUCCCAGCGGCAAUGGCGCCGCUCAGACGCCGUUCCAUCAGCAGCAGCAGCAGCAGCAGCACCAGACACAGGACAAGUCGCACCCGCACGACUUUGCAGCGCAGAGCCCUGCUUCGCCUGCGAACGCACCUCGUGCUGCGGUCGGCAGCGGUGCUGGUCAGAUGGAUAACGUUAGAUCAUCGACAAGUGUCGCUCAGCAUUCUUAG